AUGCAUAUCAUAAAGCCGGUUUGGCUCACACAUGGAGGUGAACGCAAGGACUUCGAGGUUUACAGCUGCGAUGUCUCGCCAGAUGGGAAGCGACUAGUCACAGCUGCUGGAGAUGGCUACGUGCGAAUCUGGUCAACAGAUGCUAUUUACGGCACCGGAACUCCCGAGCUUGAGGGCAAGCCAAAACAGCUGGCGUCAAUGAGCAACCACUCAGGCACAAUUCAUACCGUCCGUUUUUCACCCAACGGGAAAUACCUGGCGUCAGGCGCAGAUGACAAGAUUGUUUGCGUGUAUACCCUUGACGCUAACCCUCCAACACACUCGUCAACAUUUGGCACUGAUGAAGCACCCCCCGUUGAAAACUGGCGCACGAUUCGGCGAUUGAUCGGCCACGACAAUGAUGUCCAGGAUCUUGGAUGGUCCUUCGACUCAUCGAUACUGGUCUCUGUUGGCCUGGAUUCAAAGGUCGUGGUGUGGUCUGGUCACUCAUUUGAAAAGUUGAAGACAAUAGCAAUCCACCAGAGUCACGUCAAGGGCAUCACUUUUGAUCCAGCAAACAAAUAUUUCGCAACUGCCAGCGAUGACCGGACCGUUCGCAUCUUCCGAUUCACCUCCCCAGCCCCUAAUUCUUCAGCUCACGACCAUAUGAACAAUUUCGUUCUUGAGCAAACAAUCACAGCCCCAUUCGCCAAUUCUCCUUUGACAGCCUAUUUCCGUCGUUGCUCUUGGUCGCCUGAUGGGAUGCACAUCGCAGCUGCAAAUGCUGUGAACGGUCCUGUGAGCUCUGUGGCCAUUAUAAACCGUGGAUCAUGGGAUGGUGACAUCAAUUUGAUUGGACAUGAGGCACCUGUCGAGGUUUGUUCGUUCUCUCCAAGACUUUAUGCAACCGAGCCGCCCGGUAAGAAGCAAGCCGAUGGGCAGCCUGUACCACAACACCACAUUACCGUCAUUGCUUGUGCCGGUGGAGAUAAAUCCCUUAGUAUCUGGAUUACGAGCAAUGCACGACCGAUUGUGGUUGCGCAGGAAAUGGCUGCUAAAGCUAUUUCGGACCUGGCAUGGACUCCUGAUGGCAAAUGUCUCUUUGCUACUGCCCUAGAUGGCACAAUUGUGGCAGUCAGGUUUGAAGAUGGCGAGCUGGGCUGGGCCACGGAAAUGGAAGAGAAUGAGAAAUCACUCACCAAGUUCGGAACUAAUCGAAAGGGCGCCGGUAUCACAGAAACUACCGACAGCUUGUUGCUAGAGGAAAAGAGUAAGGCUGGCGAGAUCAAGCACGUUGAAGGGAGAAUGGGUGCACUGAUGGGUGAUGGCGCUGAACCUACCACCAAUGGAGACAAAGCUCCUCAGCCAUCAAAUGGAGUCACACCUGCUCGGGGCUCUUCGCCAGCUCCCGAGGCUACGAAGACGCAGACCAAUGGAACUCCAACAUCUGCCGCCACAGAUUCAGAGAAGCCUGAUCCUUACAAAGCCAAGUUGGAAAGACUUAAGCAGCGUCCAACAUACACCAAAGAGGGCAAAAAGCGCAUCGCUCCAUUACUAGUCUCCGGAGCUGGGGCCGGCGAGUCAUCUCUCCCACAAGCCCGUUUGAUGGCAUCUGUCAGCAAUCAGGUCAAGGCGGACGCCCCGACCACCAUCGUUGACUUGUCAAAACCAUUCGAUGGUCUACCCAAGGGUGGUCUGACUGCGCUCCUUCUUGGAAACAAGCGCAAGCUGGCCCAAAUAGAAGGCGAUGAAGAUGGCAGUGUAGAAAAGCGUGUGACACUUGCCGGUCAAAACGGUGCAACUCCCAUCAUGGCCAACACUCCCGACGGCCUUCUACCAGCUCAAGUUCAAUCUGCCACGACUGGUCAACAGCCAACUCCAGAUUUUAUUCGCCCCGCUGUCACAAAUCCUUGCAUGUCGGUCAGUCAACUUCGUCUGGCAGUUCCCAAAAUUCGUAGUCAGAUUCUCCGCGCGCUAGAUUCGAGCGGCAAACCGACGGAACAACCUGCCCCUGGUACAGACUCGGGCUCUACCAAGAGUCGUGUGGACGUGGUUUUCGAAGCUCGGAACCCAUCGCCAGCAAGUCUGACCGGUCGUGCGGUGGACCGCGAGCCAGUACGGCUGACAUUGUUCCGUGGAGACCAGCCGUUGUGGCAGGAUUUCUUGCCGCGGACUGUCCUACUUGUGACUGGUAAUCAGAGCAUGUGGGCAGCUGGCUGUGAGGAUGGAUCAAUCUAUCUUUGGACACCGGCAGGUCGUCGUCUGGUAAGUGCGCUCGUUCUCGAGGCACAGCCUGUCAUCUUGGAGUGCAAUGGACCGUGGAUCCUGUGCAUAUCCUCUGUGGGCAUGUGCUAUGUCUGGAAUGUGAAGCACUUGUCUUCUCCUCACCCACCAGUCUCCCUGCAGCCAGUCCUGGAUGCUGCAAUCCAUACCAUGGGCGCGCACCCCACCGCUGCUCCCGCAGUAACAGACGCACGCAUUAACUCAGAGGGCCGAGUCAUCGUUUCUUUGUCUAACGGCGAAGGAUACUCUUAUUCUCCAUCCAUGUUCACAUGGCAGCGCAUCUCGGAAGCCUGGUGGGCCGUCGGCAGUCAGUAUUGGAAUACCACAGACGCACCCGUGAGCAAUUUGCAGGCCAAGGACGCGCAGCAAGACAACAAGGAUGCCAAGGCAGCUGUCGCAGCCGGCAUCAUUCCCUGGUUGGAGCGAAAUACCACGAAUGAGACCCUCCUUCGCGGAAGAGCAUACUUCCUCCAGCGUCUUAUUAAGGUUUUAUUGUCACGCGAAGGGUAUGAGACUUUCGAGUCCAGCGUAUCAAUUGCUCAUCUCGAGAAUCGCCUCGCUGCUGCUCUGUCCCUGGGUGCCAAGGAAGAGUUCCGGUUAUACCUAUCCAUGUACGCCAAGCGCAUUGGUGCUGAGGGUCUAAAACUGAAGGUCGAGGAGCUCCUGAAGGGCCUCAUUGGCGGUCUUUUCGAGGACGAAGACGAUGCCAGCGAGGGGGUCCUGAAAUUGCAGGCUAAUGAGCGCGACGGCCGUAACUGGCGCGAAGGAUCCGAUGAUCUGUGUGGCUGGCCACGGGAGACAUUGUUGAAGGAGGUGAUUUUAGCACUUGGCAAACACCGUGACCUUCAACGUGUUACAGUGCCUUAUGCUAAGCUGCUGGAUAUGGUUGACACUACAUCGGAGCAUGGCGAUGCAAUGGAUCUUUAA